AUAUGUGGGUAAAUGUCCCAUACGUGACUAACCCAGGCCCAGGAGCUCACCAUGUAUUUACCCAUACUCACGGGACAAGGGUAGAUUAUGGUCAAAAUAUCUAGCAAGAUAAAUUGUGAAAACAGAAAUGAGGAGAAAUGAAUCAUAACAAAAAAUGGCCGAACGAGAGGGGUAGAAGAGAGAACUUAUCAUUUUUUUUAUGUCCAGUCUGUGCCUCGAUGUCAGGAUACUACCGUCAUCCAUAUAAUCGUGAUGAGCUGAGAGAGCCAACAUUAGAGGAGCUUGGUUUACACUCCCAUUGUCUCAACUGUAUCUCUAAACGAUGCAAUGUUUCUGUGCAACCAGGGGUAUCAUGUGCGCACAUCUACUGCCCAUUUAAAUGUGGUGCCUACUUCCAUCAGUGUAAAGCAGAUGACCAUAGUGAGUUGUGUCCUAACGUCAGAAUGGAAUGUCUCAAUUCUGAACUUGGUUGCCAAGCAAUAAUGAGACGUGCCUUAUGUAUCGACCAUCUCCAGCAGUGCCCUGCCCAUGUCAUCAUGUGCGGCCAGUCGAUAGCAAAAGAUGACUAUGAUAGUCACUUCUGCACUGGUCAUGAUCACGAGUGUGAACCUGUUCUUGGAGAAUGGAGGGAGCAGCAAAGAGCAUUGCUUGAAGCAGGAGGAUCAGAGAGAGCAGCUGAGUCAGAUAGCAAAGAGAAGAAGGAAGGGGAUGACAUUACAGGGAAUAAGGCAGGAUCAGAGAAUGAAGGAGAAACAAGUGAUGAAAAGCCAUCAUCAGUACACAAGCGAGGGGAUCCUCUUCACACUGUACCUUGGCAGCUAUUAAGGGAUGAAGGACAAGAAGAAGGAGAGUUAGAAGGGGAAGAAGACAUAGCUACCUCUCUCACCCCUGUCUCGCCUUCUCCUGUCUCCCCAGCCCCUGACGAUGAGCACCUCCACCUCAGCCUGAUGCCAUACAGGAUCCUACAGGAGAUUGGUCUCCACCUGGACCGAGAGUCACUCAAUGAGCUGGCCCUUACGUCACAUUUCUUCAGGGAUGUUGCUGCAUCCCUUCUGCGUAAGAAAGGUCUAGUGGAAACAAGAUGGAAGAAGGUGGAUAACAAGUGGAUAGAAGACGGGAAGAUUUGGCGGUAUGUUCCUGCUCAUCUCAAACCAGAGCCAAAGGAAAGUUAGAGCUUAUUGUACUGACCCUGUUAAGCCCCUUUUACACCUUCACGGAAGCAACACGGAUCAUCCCGGAUUGUCAAUCCGGGGUCAUCCGUGUACAGUC